AUGGCACAGAACUGCAAAUCCGAAUACCUGGGGAUGAGGAAGGAGGAGGAAGAACAGCCUGGCAGGAGGCCCACAGUGGAGCAGGCCGCUGACAGCACAGAGCUCAGGCAGCUGUCAGAGGAGAGUGGGCUGCCUGAGGGCUAUGGGGGUGAGGCUGAGGCCUUGCAGACACAGCCCCCGGGGCCCCACAGCUCAGCAUCCAAGGGCACGAUCCUCAGGCUGUGUGCUGGGGAAGCAGUGUACAUUGCCCUUCAGGGAUCCUUCAAGCCCGACUUUAUCCUGGUCCGCCAGCAUGCCUACAGCAUGGCCCUGGGUGAGGACUACCGAAGCCUGGUCAUUGGCCUGCAGUAUGGAGGGCUACCUGCUAUCAACUCUCUCUACUCUGUCUACAACUUCUGCAGCAAGCCCUGGGUGUUCUCUCAACUCAUCAAGAUCUUCCAUUCCCUGGGUCCUGAAAAGUUCCCACUUGUGGAGCAAACAUUUUUCCCCAACCACAAGCCAAUGGAAUGCCUGGCUUUCCAAGGAGAAGCAUUAUCUCUGCAGGGGAAAUUCAGGCAAUAGGGCAAAUGACAAAAGUGGACAGAAUUCUUUGGAGCUUUGGGAAUUAUCAACAAAUUAGGGGACAAUCUGUGCUGGCAUGUUGAUGAUAAAGGAAAAAGAAAAGUCUUCAUUCAAUAAA